AUGGCAGUGUUACCUGCAGACAUAGCAGUGUUACCUGCAGACAUAGCAGUGUUACCUGCUGACAUAGCAAUGUUACCUGCAGACAUAACAGUGUUACCUGCAGGCAUAGCAGUGUUACCUGCUGACAUAGCAGUGUUACCUGCAGACAUAGCAAUGUUACCUGCUGACAUAGCAGUGUUACCUGCAGACAUAGCAGUGUUACCUGCAAACAUAACAGUGUUACCUGCUGACAUAGCAGUGUUACCUGCAGGCAUAGCAGUGUUACCUGCAAACAUAACAGUGUUACCUGCUGACAUAACAGUGUUACCUGCAGGCAUAGCAGUGUUACCUGCUGACAUAGCAGUGUUACCUGCAGACAUAGCAAUGUUACCUGCUGACAUAGCAGUGUUACCUGCUGACAUAGCAGUGUUACCUGCUGACAUAGCAGUGUUACCUGCAGACAUAGCAGUGUUACCUGCAAACAUAACAGUGUUACCUGCUGACAUAACAGUGUUACCUGCAGGCAUAGCAGUGUUACCUGCAGACAUAGCAGUGUUACCUGCAGACAUAGCAAUGUUACCUGCUGACAUAACAGUGUUACCUGCAGACAUAGCAGUGUUACCUGCAGACAUAACAGUGUUACCUGCUGACAUAGCAGUGUUACCUGCUGACAUAGCAGUGUUACCUGCAGACAUAGCAGUGUUACCUGCUGACAUACCAGUGUUACCUGCAGACAUAGCAGUGUUACCUGCAGACAUAACAGUGUUACCUGCUGACAUAACAGUGUUACCUGCAGACAUACCAGUGUUACCUGCAGACAUAGCAGUGUUACCUGCAGACAUAGCAGUGUUACCUGCAGACAUACCAGUGUUACCUGCAGACAUAACAGUGUUACCUGCAGACAUAGCAGUGUUACCUGCAGACAUACCAGUGUUACCUGCAGACAUAACAGUGUUACCUGCUGACAUAGCAGUGUUACCUGCAGACAUAACAGUGUUACCUGCAGACAUAACAGUGUUACCUGCUGACAUAACAGUGUUACCUGCAGACAUAACAGUGUUACCUGCAGACAUAACAGUGUUACCUGCUGACAUAACAGUGUUACCUGCAGACAUAACAGUGUUACCUGCAGACAUAACAGUGUUACCUGCUGACAUAACAGUGUUACCUGCUGACAUAGCAGUGUUACCUGCAGACAUAGCAGUGUUACCUGCAGACAUAGCAGUGUUACCUGCUGACAUAGCAGUGUUACCUGCAGACAUAGCAGUGUUACCUGCAAACAUAACAGUGUUACCUGCUGACAUAGCAGUGUUACCUGCAGACAUAGCAGUGUUACCUGCUGACAUACCAGUGUUACCUGCAGACAUAACAGUGUUACCUGCUGACAUAGCAGUGUUACCUGCAGACAUAACAGUGUUACCCGCUGACAUAGCAGUGUUACCUGCAGACAUAGCAGUGUUACCCGCUGACAUAGCAGUGUUACCUGCUGACAUAACAGUGUUACCUGCUGACAUAGCAGUGUUACCUGCAGACAUAACAGUGUUACCUGCAGACAUAGCAGUGUUACCUGCAGACAUAGCAGUGUUACCCGCUGACAUAGCAGUGUUACCUGCUGACAUAGCAGUGUUACCUGCUGACAUAGCAGUGUUACCUGCAGACAUAACAGUGUUACCCGCUGACAUAACAGUGUUACCUGCUGACAUAGCAGUGUUACCUGCAGACAUAACAGUGUUACCUGCAGACAUAGCAGUGUUACCUGCAGACAUAGCAGUGUUACCCGCUGACAUAGCAGUGUUACCUGCUGACAUAGCAGUGUUACCUGCUGACAUAGCAGUGUUACCUGCAGACAUAACAGUGUUACCCGCUGACAUACCAGGAACUGGACUGUACUGUAUUUAA